CAAUCCCAAGAACAAGAAAAAGAAUCUUCAACUUCGGACACGAGUGCUUAUUAUCAAUACUCUCAAGCUGUAGAAGAUUCAGAUUAUAAUUCUUUUCUCGCUCAGCAUGGAAAUGAAGGUGCAGAUUACACCAUAUCUGCUAGAUUCAAUACGCGAACGGGUAAAUUUCAGCGUGACCCGACCUUGACGCCGGAGAAAUUUUCGUCUGAUGCGAAAGCAAUCCGACAAAUGUCUUAUUUCUUUGAUUAUGAGAGUUUUGCUGAACAAAGAUCAAAGAGGAGCAAAG